AUGCCCCCCAAAGUGCUCUUUAUUCUCGGAGGCGGCCCUCGUAUCGGCCACUCGGUAGCGAGGAAGUUCCUACAAGAAGGAUAUAAAGUCGCCAUCGGAAGGCGGAACCUCCAAGAGGCCGCAGAAUCUACAGGCUUGGACGGAGUUGUGCCUGUGUACUUGGACGUGACGAAGCCGGAAUCGGUCGAAGCUGCAUUCCGUGAGGUCGAAUCGAAAUUGGGAGUUCCGAAUGUUGUCGUGUAUAACGCUGCUGCUUUUACUAUGCCUCCGGACGCCAACGACCCGUUCCAAGUGCCUACUGCAUCCUUUGAGCAAGAUCUCGCCGUCAACGCAUCAAGCGCAUACGCGGGGCUGCUUCAUGCAACUCGGGGUUUUCUGUCUUCGAAGGCCAAAUCUACAGAAGACAAUGAUGCCUUGCCAUAUGUUUACAUCGCGACAGGAAAUGUCACACCCUUCCAACCAAAUCCUGUCGCCGUGACGCUUGGCUCCGGGAAGGCCACUCUGGCCUACCUCAUUUCGGUUGGGGCGCAAGCGUACAAAGCAGCAGGGUACAGGUUCUACUUCGCUUCGCAGGUAACGGCUACCGGCGGGCCGGUGCCUUAUCCUGAUGUAAGUGGCGAAGCGCAUGGAGACCUAUUUUGGAAGGUGGUCAACAGAGAAAUGGGGUUGAACAGUUGGGAUUUGAGAUUUGUGGUGAAUUCAGAGGGUGGAGUGUCGGAUAGGGAGGAAAGGAAUGAUUGA